AUGACACCGGGAGCUAAAAGCGGCGAGGGCGGCGUUCCCCGCCGAUUUGCCUACAAUCAAGAUGCCGCACGCGAGCGAGAAAUGCACCUAUAUCUGCCAUAUUGGGGCUUUUCCGAAUCCGAGAAAUUCGCGCAGCAAUCCGUUGGACACCAUCCCAAUGUCUCUCGGGACAACGUUCUGACCGUCUUUGCCCAACUGGCAAGUUUGCGACUGGAAGCCAGUCGAGCCCUCAUCUCCCUCUUCGAUCGGACAACACAGCAUGUGGUCGCGGAGGCGACGCCGCAUCUGGGUUUACGGAGCGCGAAAAGUGGUCAGGAUGCGAAAUGCCUCUGGCGAGGAGUCCAGCGACUCCCGCGAGAUCAUAUCCCCAUGUGCGACCAGGCGAUGAGCACAUUUGUGAAUGAGAAAAAGGACAUGUUCCUGGUGUCCGACCUCAAGGCCGACCCCCGUUUCCAAUCGCACAACUCGGUCACAGGUCCUCCGCAUCACCGAUUCUAUGUCUCCGUUCCGAUCAAAUCUCUCGACGAAUAUGUUAUCGGUAGUAUCGCAGUCCUGGACGAUAAGCCGCGCGACUCCCUGACGGACGAACAGCACCAUUUUCUGCAGGAGCUCAGUCUGACGGUCAUGGAUCAUUUGCUCUCACAGCGGGCCAUGCGGGAGGAGUAUCGCGAGGAAAAGAUGGUUCGCGCGCUCGGAUUGUUCGUUCAAGGAAAGUCUGAUCUUUCAGAGGGCAUUGAUAGUCGCUAUGGCACAGAGUCCAGCCUCAAUCAACUCAACGCGAAAUUGGAGCAGUUCAAGCUGUCCAAGCAAAAGGGAACCCCCGAGGAGAACGACACCAACCACGAUGGAAGAGGACGCAGUUCCGACACACCCGAAGACAGUGCAACGGAUCGGGAGUUCGAGAAGGGGGAGUCGACGAGAAGUCGCUCGCCAGUCCACAAGUUCAAAGUGGACGAGCAGGUGCAAGAGCAAGACCCCAACGACAACUCCAAGGCCGAGAAUGCGCAACGGCCGUCCUUGUCUCCGACGACCAGUCAUUUGCAGAAAUCGCUAGCGCCAUCAAAUGUGCAAUCAGUCCUCAACCGAGCCUCGUGUCUCAUGAAUCAGGCGCUGGAUGUGGAGGGGGCUAUGUUUAUAGACGCUACAGUGUAUGCUCGACGCCAGAUGAUUGGGUCUGACAACCAAGAAGGCCCAGAGUCAGUUAUGUCCCACCUUGAGUCUGAGGACCACGAACUGAAUUUGGAUGACUUCCACGGGCCGAAAAGUUUAGUACUCGGCUACUCUACAUCGGAGAAUUCGAGCAGAGAUAAUGACCAGGCCAGCCAUUACGUGUCUUUGCCGGGAGCUUUCGUCUCCUACCUGAUCGACAAAUAUCCCCGAGGAAAGAUCUUCCACAUUGAGAAGGAUGGUUCUGUCGCAUUAAGUUAUGAGGGCCUGGCUGAUGAUGUGACCCAGAAUCACAGAAACGCCAAGACAGUCUUGGAGGAGCAACCAAAGGAGAAAAACCUCCGGGAGGAAACUCUGGAAAUUCGCCAACUACACAAGAUUCUACCGGAGGCCCGAUGCAUUGCAAUCUACCCAGUCUGGGACUUCCAACGGAGCCGCUGGUUUACCGUGAAUCUCGUGUGGUCCAACGACCCAGGCCGAGUCUUGUCAGAACCCAAGGAUUUGACCUACAUGGCCGCUUUCAGCAACAGUGUCAUGGCUGAGGUCUCGAGAAUGGACAUCGAGGCGGCCGACAGAGCGAAAAGUGAUUUUAUCUCUUCCAUCUCGCACGAACUUCGAUCACCCCUUCAUGGCGUUCUUGGUACAGUGGAAUUGCUCCAGGAGACGGCGACCACGUUCACCCAGCGUGGUCUGGUUGAAACUGUGUACAGCUGUGGUCGUACACUCUUAGACACCCUCAAUCAUUUACUGGAUUACGCCAAGAUCAACACGAUGAUGGCGGGCAAGUCGCCUAAUCAGGAUGGUAAACAGUCCGGAAGUUCUGGUUCAAAUAUCGCCGUUCCCGGCCUUGUUCAAGACGAAGAUCUCAGUAUACUCGUGCAAGAGGUGGUGGAAGGGUUACUUGCCGGAGCCGAAUUUUAUAAUCGGGAAUCCAGCUCUGCCACCGAGCCAAACAGUAAGGGGAAUCGUCAAUCUUCCCACUUCACUCCAAUGGGAAACCACGGUCGUCGCAUCAUGACGAUUGUGGACAUUGAGCGCCAUGACAGCUGGCGCUAUCCCGUUUACGCUGGAGCGUGGAGGCGAGUGGUGAUGAAUCUGUUCGGCAAUGCUUUGAAAUACACCCAAGCUGGGUACAUCAGACUUUUCAUGAAGAAGUGCACUAUGACAACAAAUGACAAGCAGACAGUACCAGCAAUCUGCCUCACGAUUAGUGACUCCGGCCGAGGCAUGUCCCAGGAUUUCCUGCUUCAUCAUCUCUACAUCCCAUUUUUGCAAGAGGACACGCAAGCUCCUGGAUUGGGCGUGGGACUUCAUUUGGUGCAUCAGAUCGUCAAGUCCUUGAAUGGGAAAAUUGAAUUCAGGAGCGAGGUGGGCAAAGGAACCGAUGUCGACGUAAUCCUGCCCGUCCCAGGCCCCAAACCUGGUCCCACCUCUCCGUCACAAUUCGAUUACCUACGUGAACGUCUCGAGGGAAUGACCGUCUCCCUCUUCACGCAGAGCUUGGCCAGGGAUGAUCUCGGAAUUCGCCCUGAUGUGUUUGAAGAAAUUCGAACGACCUUGAGUCGGAUGGUUAGUGACUGGUUUGGUUUGAAAGUGCUGGGCCCCGAGGAACUGAAGCAGCAAGAUGCGGACUUCUUGAUCGUCACUGAACACGAAUAUCGGUCGUUGGCUCACGAUUCCGCGGAAUCGGACGUGGGGAGUCUGGUGAAAUCAAAGAGCUCUCACCCUUUGAUUGUGCUCAGUGCUCAGGCCAGUAGUUGGAGAGUGGUCAAAGAGCGUAAUCAAGAUCGGGCGUUAUUCUUGUCCCAACCGGUGAGCCCUAAGACCAUGGCAACGGUUUUCGAGCAUUGUCUGGACCAGGAUGGAAUUCCCGAGGCAUCUACGACACGGUCGGGCAGUUAUUCUCCAAGGUCAUCUCGAGAGAACAGCGCCGAAAAGUCCGAAAGUGGCAGCAAGAAAACCGACGCUGAGCAAGCAGUGGCCAAUAUAGAAGAAGAACAAGAAGAGCCAGUGAAGAAGGUGCUUCUUGUCGAAGAUAACAAUGUCAACUUGAAGAUCAUUGAGACUUGUGUUCGCAACGCAGGGCUGGCCUACGAGUCCGCCGUGAAUGGGCUACAAGCAUUGGAGAAGUUCAAAGGCGAACGAUUCGACGCAGUCGUAAUGGAUAUUUCCAUGCCCAUCAUGGACGGUCUCACCGCGACUCGAGAAAUGCGAAUGUACGAAAAGAGCGCCGGCCUGCCCCGCACCGCCAUCAUCAUUCUGACAGCCGUCCUCUCCGCGGACAUGCAACAAGAAGCGCAAGUCAGCGGCGUUGACAAGUUCUUGACUAAACCAACACCGCUCAAGAAACUCCGGGAGUUACUUCAAAACCUACCCAACUUAUGA